ACAGCUUCCUCACUGCGAUACUAAUUUAAUUGAUAUAUAUGAAAGCGAAGAGGCAUUGAAUAAUCAGGCUUUAAUAUCUGAAGGUUCCCAAUCAGCAACUAUUUCUGACAAUAGUAGUGAAAUGUUAGAAUCAGAAUUUUAUAGUGAUAUAGAACAAAUUCAAGAGAAUUAUAGUGAUAUAAAUAUGGGUAAAUUUCAAAAUAUAGAUGAUUUAUAUGACUAUUAUAUAGAUGAACCACAAAAUAUUGAUGAGCCAUAUGAUCAAGAUAUGAAAGUACUACAAAAUAACAAUGAUCUAUAUGAUCAAGAUAUUGAUAAUGAUAGUGCACAAAAAAUUUAUGAUGAUUUAUUAUCAUUAUAUUAUUCUGAAACAAGAGAGAGCUCUAAAAAUACAUUCUUCAGGACUUACUGA